AUGGAAGGCGCCGUUGAGUUCGACAUCAACGAGUCACUGAAGCUGUACCUCAGCGACCCCGCGAGCAUCCAGACCUCAGAAGCGAGUGCGCAGUUGACUGACUGUGAGAACGAUCCGGACAGUCUGACCCCAGGCUUGAUUGAUGGCGCACUGGAGCCAAUACAGGAUGCGCUGGUCGAAAGUCCGGAGAACAUUCUGAGACCGGAGCCUUCGACACCAUACAAUUUCUACUCAAGUUCCCGUAUCAGUGUGAUACAUACUGACUUGUUCGCGCAUCCCAGAUCUUCUUCGCUACUUCCUCCGCAGUCUCUCAGCAAGAUACUCGAGAUCAUCGUAUCCGGACUCGCGACAGUGUCCGACAAUGCCAAUGCUGAUAUCGAGAACGAUGAGCAAGAUGCACUUCCACACCACAAGAAACUACUAGAAGCAUAUGCCUUUCUGCUACAAUGGACGAUCGCCGCCGUCGAAGCCAAAGCCGCCGAAAAAGCCCAUGCAGCGCCCGCUCGGAGGGGCAAAGGCUCGACGAAGAAGACAGCAUCCAAAGGCGGAGUCUGGGAAUCAGCUGCACAAAUUCAGGCCGCUAUGGAUAUCAUGUGUCGAGCCAUGAGACUGAAGCUCAAUCGCAUCUUUGAGACGACCUCAGACCGAGACACCUUCAUCAAUCUCUUUACCCGCUCUAUCUACCUGAUCAUGGAAACAGAAGCCAGGAUGAAGAUCACCGCCGUACGCAUGUUCUGCUUCAAGGUGCUGUGUGUAGCAGUCAAGCAUCACGGCCACGCGAUUGGUGCCCAAACCUCAAUUGUGCAGAACCUGACGUAUUUUGAACAUCUGUCUGAUCCUAUGGCUGAGUUUCUGCACAUUUUGUCAGAGCAGUACGACUACCCACAGCUAUCGUCCGAGAUCAUGCGGGAGCUGGCAGCAAAAGAUUUCAGUCCCAGCGAUCUGAAGGGUCCCAAGUCUGUGUCGGCUUUCAUCAUCAAGCUGUCCGAACUUGAACCUCGAUUGGUGAUCAAGGAGAUGGGUUUGCUGGCCAAGUUCCUCGAUAGCGAGGCGUACACCCUUCGAUGCGCGGUCAUCGAAGUAUGCGGCAACCUGCUGGCUGAUCUCAACAAAAUCGAGGAUCGCGACGAGACGACCAACAUCCAGAUCGAUGCUUUCUUCGACACAUUGGAGCAGAGAUUUCUCGACACAAAUCCAUACUGUAGAUGUCGAGCCAUCCAGGUAUUCAUGCGGUUGUGCGAGCUCGAUCAGAGAAUACCGAAGCGACGACAGCAUGCCGCAGAGUUGGCAGUUCAGAGCUUACAAGACAAGAGCAGCAACGUCCGGAGGAACGCCAUCAAGCUGCUUGGCAAGCUGGUUGCGACACAUCCAUUCAGUGUCAUGCAUGGAGGAGAGCUACAGCGCAAGGCUUGGAUACAGAGACUCGAGGGUGUCGAUCAGCAACUCGACGCUCUCAAGCCGCCACCAGACUCGCCAGGUCUGGCAGAGACUGCAAAGGGCACGGAGCGAGCACCAGCAGAAAUGACGGAGGAAGAGCAGAUCGAGGCCGCUAAGAAAGCUCAGGAGGAAGCCGCUACAACAGAAGUGCUCACUCGAUUACAGCUCACUCGAAAGUACUAUAUCGACGCUCUCCGCUUCAUCGAUGUCAUCCAUGAAGCUUCUGAGACGGCUUGUCAGCUGCUGUCUGCUCGAAACAAAAGUGAAGUCCUCGAGGCCAUGGACUUCUUCGUCAUCAUAAAUGCUUACAAAGUCGAGCCGGCAAGCAUCGGCAUACGACGAAUGCUGCGCUUGAUCUGGACCAAGGGCAACAGCGAUGAAGGCAAAGGCGUGCAAACACAUCUCAUCGACUGCUACAAGGGCCUCUUCUUCGAUGCACCAGAAGUCCUGAACGCUAAUGACACCGCCAACUUCAUUGCCCGGAACAUGAUAAGCCUGACAUUUGGUGCAAGCCCUGCUGAGUUAACCUCUCUUGAGCAGCUGCUCAGCACCAUGUACAAAUCCGGUCACGUUUCAGAUCUUGUCAUCGCAAAACUUUGGCAAGUGUAUGGCGUCAAUCGAGAGAUCUCACGCGCUCAGCGGCGUGGUGCAAUCAUUGUCCUCGGCAUGAUCGCAUUGGCUGACCCCAAUGUCGUCGUCAAGGAAUCGGACGCAAUGAUGAGAAUCGGUCUGGGCCAACUCGGCCGAGCUGAUCUGACGUUGGCGAAGUUCACAUGUGUUGCGCUGAAGCGCAUGAUACCUCCCCCUAAGAAGGCACAGGACAAGACUCAGACCGGGAUCUCGAGGAUAGCAACGACAACAAUCCCCAGCGCUCCAACCGAGAAACCGAAAGAGAAGCCAGCAAUCACCCUCUCACAGCUCCUUUUCAUGGUCGGCCACAUUGCCAUCAAGCAGAUCGUUCAUCUGGAACUAUGCGAGCUUGACUUCAAGCGACGGAAGCACGACCAAGAGAAGGAGAAGCCUUUGGUCGAGCCCACACCCCAACCAAGCAAGCGCAAGAAGACUGUAGCUGAACAAGUCAUGUCUGAAAAGGAGAAACAAGAAGAGAAGGAUGAGCUCGAGCUAAUCGGCGGGACCAACGAGGACGACUUCACCGAAGCCGUCGCUCACAUCCGCGAGCGCGAGCUUCUGUACGGACCCAGCUCACUUCUUGCCAACUUCGGACCUCUUGUGACAGAAGUAUGUGCCAACAACAUGGCGUACAAAGAUCGCAAUCUACAAGCACACGCGACCCUCUGCCUCGCGAAACUCAUGUGCGUCAGCAGCGAAUACUGCGAAAAGAAUCUGCCAUUGCUCAUCACCAUCCUCGAGCGCUCCGAAGACCCCAUCGCGCGGUCAAACACGGUGAUCGCACUUGGUGACAUGGCUGUGUGCUUCAACCACCUCAUCGACGAGAAUACAGACUUCCUGUAUCGACGACUGAACGACGGCGACGAGAGCGUCAAGCGGACAUGUCUCAUGACACUGACCUUCCUCAUCCUCGCCGGACAGGUGAAGGUCAAGGGUCAAUUGGGCGAGAUGGCGAAGUGUUUAGAGGAUGGCGACAAGCGGAUCGCGGAUUUGGCGAGGAUGUUCUUUACAGAGCUUGCUACCAAGGACAACGCGCUUUACAACCAGUUCAUCGAUAUGUUCAGCAUACUUACCAGAGAUGGACCACUGGAGGGCGGUGUAAUGGAGGAGGAAGCAUUGAAGCGUAUACUCAAGUUCCUCUGUGGAUUCAUUGAGAAGGACAAGCACGCCAAGAACCUAGCGGAGAAACUGGCCGCGCGUCUCGAUCGAUGCGAGAGCGAGCGGCAGUGGAACGACACGGCGUACGCGCUGAGCCUGCUGCAGCACAAGAAUGAGGACAUCGCGAAGAAGGUGUCAGAGGGGUAUCGAGUCGUUGAGACUGCGGCUUGA